AUGGCAAGCAGCAAGCUUCAAGGACACAUGGGUCAAAACAAGUUGGUUCAAAUGCUGAAAGGAUUCCAAGGUGGCAGGUUCCUACCACCUAGACUGGUCUCAGAAGAGGAAGCCAACAAAAUGCCCAGCCCCUCUGAAUUUCUGAAGGAGAUGUCCCUCACCACGGAAGAGCGGCUAUCUUCCACUCGAGUGAUGUGCCGGCCACAGAUUACAGAGCUUUUAGAUAUGGGAGAAACCACUCAUCAAAAGUACUCAUCGAUUGACUUGGAUCAGACAUUAUUCCAGCCCUUCCCAUCAGAGAUUGUAUUUCAGAACUAUGCUGCCUGCGAAGUCUAUGAAGUACCAUUGAUUCUUAGGAAUAACGACAAAAUUCCAAGACUGGUGAAAAUUGUUGAGGAAAGUUCCCCUUAUUUUAAAGUCAUCAGCCCCAAUGAUAUUUGUAAUAAAGUCGCACCGGGGGUGCCAUCUACAUUCCGGGUCCUUUUCACUCCAGAAGAGAACAAGGAUUAUUCCCAUGUGCUGACCUGUGUCACUGAAAGAGAAAAGUUUAUCGUGCCUAUUAAAGCUCGAGGUGCCCGGGCCAUUCUGGAUUUUCCUGAUGAGCUGAACUUCGGCAUUUGUCCCGUCAAACAUAAAACCGAGAAGGUUCUUCUAGUACGGAAUAUUGGCAACAGGGAGGCUGUAUUCGACAUCAAAGUCGGGAGUUCUUUUUCUGCAGAGCCAUCUGUUGGGACUGUUAACGUGGGGGACACCGUGCAGCUGUGUGUGGAUUUUGAGCCCCUAACCAUAGGAGACCACAGUGCAAAACUGAUAGUGAACUAUGACACAGGGGAAAAGGUUGGUGUAAGCUUGUAUGGAGCUGGAGCUGAUGUGAAUAUUAGACUGGACAAGAAUUCUUUGACUAUUGAAAAAACCUAUAUAUCUCUGGCCAAUCAAAGAACUAUAACCAUUCACAACCGAAGCAAUAUCAUUGCAUAUUUCCAGUGGAAACUAUUUGCUAACCAAGAAGAAGAGGAUGGAAAAAAAUCUAGGCUCUGUGAAGACCUAAGCGUAGAAGAAGAGAAGAGGAUGGAACAACUUCUACAAGAGUGUAUCCUCGACCCCUCCCUCCGAGAGCAUCUUUCUGUUGUUUCUCAUACUUUCCAAAACCAGAGACAGAGUAUCCUGGGCAAUGAUAUGCUCUUCUUUGGAAAUAUUUUUGUGGUUGAACCAGUGGCCAUUCUGUCUAACAAAGGCAGCAUUGAUGCCCUCUUUAAUUUGGAUCCUCCAACGACACCUUUGGGCUCCUGUUUCAUCUUUAACCCCAAGGAAGGUAUCGUAGAGCCCUCUGGGGUGCAAGCCAUCCAGAUUUCCUUCAGGUCGAGCAUCCUGGGACAUUUCAGGGAGGAAUUUCUAUUCAGUGUCAAUGGAUCACCCGAACCUGUGAAACUAACCAUCAGAGGCUGUGUCAUUGGACCAACUUUCCAUUUUAAUGUUCCUGCCUUAGAUUUUGGUGAUGUGUCCUAUGGGUUUCCUCGUUCUUUGACUUGUUCUCUCAAUAAUACAUCUUUGAUUCCCAUGACCUUUAAACUCCGUGUGCCUGGUGAUGGUAUUGGAGAGCCAAGUAUUACAUCUUUGGAACAAAUUUCAGAUAUUAGAAAACAAUCAUGGAAGAAUGAAUGUACAUCAGUAAUGAAACCACGAGAAUUCACCAUUAAGCCCAUUUCGGGCUCCAUCCGCUCCCAGGGAUUUGUUGCUGUUCGGGUAACCUUAUGUUCCAACACUGUAAAGAAGUACCAGCUAGCUUUAGUGGUGGAUGUAGAGGGCAUUGGCGAGGAAGUACUGGCACUCCUCAUUACUGCAAGGUGUGUUGUGCCUAAGCUCCGUGUGGUUAAUCGGGAGCUAAACUAUGGAUAUUGUUUCCUGAAAUACCCUUACCAGCAAACGGUGCAACUUGUCAAUGAUGAUGACCUCCCAGGAUGCUAUGGAGUUCCCGUACAAGAAUAUGAGGAGUCACCUACUGUACUUUUUUCUAGCCUGAACCCUUGUGGGAUUAUCAACCCCCACAGCACAAUAGAGUUGAUCCUGGUCCUGGAGACUCAGGUCCUUGGAGAAUACCAUUGCACAGUUCAUAUCACCACCUUUGGAAGCAAAGACCCACCACUGACUGUCCAGUUAAGGAGUGUUGGAGAAGGUCCUGUGGUCAACGUGUAUCCAGACAAAAUUGAUUUUGGCAACAUCUAUGUCUUAAAGGAAACCUCCAGGUCGCUCCAUCUAUCCAAUCAGUCUUACAUUACUGCCUUCUUUUCUGCACAUUUGGUUAACAAAAAGUCCCUGUGGAAGAUUUUGCCAGAGGAAGGCAUCGUUCCUCCAGAAACUGAAAUUGUCCUGACGGUGACUGCGAAUUUGGACGACAUGCUGCUAUUUAAAGAUUUGAUCAUUUUGUCCAUUCAGAAUAGCAACAACUACCAUAUCCCUGUCCAAGCUAUGGGGAAGGGCACCACAAUUGUUUCUGAUAAACCUUUUGCUCCAGAACUCAACUUAGGGGCUCAUUUCAGUGUGGACCCCUUUUUCUAUAGUCUAAAAUUGACGAACAAGGGACGCCGAUACCACCAGCUAUACUGGAUGAAUGAAGGCUUCCGUCACUGCCAGAAACAAACCAGGACAAGCAUUUUCAAUGAAGCUCCCAUGCACCAGAGCACUUCACAGAUCAUUGAAUCAGCUGGACCCGUAUUUCAGAUUCACCCUGUCAGAAUGGAGCUAGGCCCAGGCCAAUCGGCUGAAUUGGUGUUGGAAGGAUUUUCUGAUGCUCCGAAGGUAGUCAAGGAACGACUGGUGUGUUAUGCCAUCAUUGGCGGAAACGUAAGGAAGACACAGAUCAUGACAGUCAAUGUUAAUUGUGAGUUCAUCGCACCCAUUAUACAACUCUCAACCAAGCAGAUUCUAUACCACCUGGAAAAGGAAGCUCAAAGCGAGCUGGAACCAGAAUUCAAACCUCUUACCCUAAAAAACGUCUCCUCUCUGCCAGUCCGGGUGAUCCUGUCCACCAGAGAGCCCUUCUACCUAUGCGACACAGACAAGUCCAUUUUGUUCCAGCCCUGUGGGCCUGUGGAAAUGGCCGUUGGGGAAGAGAAGGAACUGUUGAUCAAAUUUGACCCUUUCAUGCGAAAUGAUUUAAACCAAUGGGUAGCAGAAGAAGUCCUCUCCAUCAAGUACUUAGAACAUCCCCAGGUGGACCAGAUGAGUCUGAGGGGAGAAGUACAUUUCCCUAACCUCACCUUUGAGACCAUGGAAUUGGACUUCGGCUGCAUCCUGAAUGAUACUGAGGUGAUUCGAUACAUCCAGAUGGUCAACUGCAGCCCCCUGAUGGUGAAAUUCCGAUGGUCCUUCCUCGUGGACAACAAGGAAAACCAGAUAAGGUUCGUAACAGGGCAGCGUAAGCCAUACACCGCCCCAGUUCGUGUUUGGUCACAGCCACUGGAGCCCUCCCAAACAGAGUUACUCCCAGAAGCACCAGCACCACCAGUAGGAGCAUCUUCCCCAGUAGUACCAACAAUUGAUACAGAAGAAUUUGUUGAUCAGAUCAUGAUGGAUGAGAAUAACAUGCCUGAAGAAGAAAAGAAGCUUCUACAGCCAUCAGAUCCAACAAAACCAAGCUUUGAGGAAGUAGACAGAGAAGUUUUGUCCCAGGGCCAGGUGGAAUUCCAGGACUCCCUGUGGGUCUUUGAACCAGAUGACUCACUUGCCAUUGGAGUGGAAGAAGUAUUUGACAUCUUACCCCUCUAUGGAGUAUUACCACCACUUAGUAGUCACCAAGUGUCCUUCUCAUUUUAUGGGCACUGUGACAUCAUUGCUCAGGUGAAAGCCCUGUGUGAAGUGGAGGGAGGCCCCACCUACGAGAUUACACUGAAAGGAGAAGCUUCAUUGGUCAGCUAUACAUUUGACACAAAGGAAAUUCAUUAUGGACUACAGAUGUUUGACCAAGUCAUGGAAAGUGAAAUCGUCCUGAAGAAUGUGGGCAAAGUUGGCUUUGAGUUCAAAGUCAUGGAUGGAUAUCAUAAUUCUGUAGAGAACCCUCGACCCGGAGUGCCACUGAUAAUGCCUCGCUCUGGUGUCAUUGAAUCAAAAAAAGAACAGAUAUUAAAGGUUUAUUACCUUCCUGGAGUUCCUGAGGUCUUUGAGAGAAAUUUUCAGGUCCAGAUUGCCCACCUAGAACCAGAGACCAUCACUGUGACGGGAGAGGGGAUCUUUCCCCGGAUCUGCCUGGAUCUCCCAAGGAACAUCAAAGGAAAUGAAAAAUACGAGGAAUUUUUAAGAGAGGCCAAAAAAAAUCUAGGAAAGAAGAACAGCAAAGAUGCGAUGUCCAUCUUCCCCGAUCCAGGAACCGAUACCACUGGAUCUGAAGAGGAUUAUGUGUUAGAUGUCCAACUCCAGAUGGAGAUAGAGAGGUUGAUCAUCCAGAACCAUGCGUUAGAACAGCAGAAAUUGUUCGAUCUGGAGGAUUCUUUCUUCAAUGCUCGAGCUCGCCGUCGAUUGCUCAAGGCGCAGCUUCCCGAGUACAUCCUUGACUUUGGCUACAUUAUUCUUGGUGAAAUACUUACCCACUAUAUCAAAAUCACCAACACCAGCAAUUUGCCAGUAUCUUUCCAGGCAGAAAAGGGUGCCCUCCAUGACACAGGCUUCAGUGUACACCUGGACCGCGUGAAGCAUCUGCCUUUUUGUGAAUCAGAAACCUGCGAAGUGAGAUGCGACCCCCAAGCGGCCAACGUUUCUGUUGGAAACAAAGAGGCGAUUCUGCCAAUCAAGGUGUCUGGGGGGCCAACGCUGCACAUCUGCCUGCGUGCCAAGGUGACCAUACCGUCUCUCUCCUUAUCUCAUGACAAAGUGGAGUUUGGCAUCAUUCAGUGUGGGCAGUGCCAAGUGGUCACCAUCCAACUUUACAAUGAUCUGCCAGUCUCCUGUGAAUGGAGCAUCCAUAACCCGAGGCAGGCCUCAAAGCUGGACAAGCGCAUGCCAAAGUACUUAAGGAAGAAACUACUGGCAGAAUUAAAGCCGAAGCGCCAGGCCUUUGAUGUCCUGCCUGUGUCUGGAGUCCUGCAUAGCGGCGACCGAAGAAACGUGCAGGUCAAGUUCAUGCCAUCAGAAGAGAAAUUCUACAGCCAGUGCCUGACAGUGAAUAUCGCUCACAGUACUCAGAAGCUGAACUUGUUUGUCCAAGGCUAUGGUCUGGAGCCCCGCCUGGAUUUUAACCCCUCUGUUCUAGAGUUGGGGCCUUUGCUGCCUUAUGCUCCUGGUGAUGAGGCAGAGGUCACAGUGAAGAAUCCUUGUGAUUUUCCCAUUGAGUUUUACUCCCUAGAAUUUGAUCAGGAAUAUCUUUUAGAAGAGAAGAUACUUCGAAACCUAAAAGGUUAUGAUGCCUGUAAUACUAUUCUCCUACCACCUCGUGCCCCAGGAGAAAAACUGCCCCCUGAAGUGCAUGAGUAUUAUAAGGAGCUAGUACGCUUUAGAGAAGAACAAAAGAGCAAGCCUGGGGAAUUCCAAAUGCCAGAUAAUGCUGAAGAGGAAGGAUCCCAUAGCACAGAGCAAGGGACCUGGUCAAGUACAAAGCGAAUAUCUCUUAGUCAAGGAGUCUCUGCUUCCUCCAAUAUGGAAGAACGACAUGGACUUGACACUCGACAUUACCAAGAAGAAGAAGAGGAAGAAGAUAACUUGGACAGAUUUUUUGCCCAUGUGGGUGAAAAAACACAAAGUGCCAGUGACAGCCGUUCUGUGGAGGAAGUUGGAGAAAUCGAUCAUAACCCAGUGACCAGAUCCAUAGCUCGGCACCUGGGUAUUUCUACUUCUCCCGAAAGCCACGUAGCCAAGCACCAAAGAGGCAUUGCCAUCAUAGUACAUGGAGCUCCAAUGUCAGGAAAGACCGCUUCUGCCAAUGGCCUUGCCAAAUAUUAUGGGGCUGCAUGCCUAACAAUCGAUUCCAUAGUGCUAGAUGCUCUGUCUGAUGCAAACAGUGUCCCUGGAAUCCGGGCCCGAGAGCUUUGUAUGAGGGCAACCAUGGAGCAGAGCAUUCGAGAUGGGGAAGAGUCAGUAAAGGAGGCUGGUAAGUCACAGACAUCUAUUGGACUGUCGAGAAUAAGCAACGAGAAUUUGGCCAAGCACAUCUCAGAAGCAACCCUGAUCUCCCCUGAAACCCGAAACUUUACCUCCAAAGGCAAUCGGGGAAGUGGUCAAACCAAUAAGACCAAGUCAGACAGCCACGGUUCUGGGUCCCAAAAACAACAUCAUCAGAUGCACCAGUCAGAAACAUCUGGAUCACAGGUUCCUUCCAGCCCCCUCACCUACACACCUAUUCAGCUCCGGAUCAUGGGCAGCACCAGUGAAGGAGAAAUGGGACUCUUCAGUUGUGUGCUUCCUGAGGACUUACUUGUGCAAAUCAUAGAAGAGAGGUUACAGCUCAAUGACUGUUACCGAGGGGUAGUGUUUGAUGGAAUAGAAUCAGUCUUUGCCAGGAACGCAGUCUCUUCUCUCCAGUGUUUGCUCAGAGCCAUCAACAACCGGGAGCACAUAUAUUUUAUCAACUUGAGUCAGGAUUACGCUAUCAUGAAGGCUCGGGAGAAAGCCAAACAGGAACAGGAAGAACAAGACCGUCUGGAAACUAUUGCAAAAGAGAAGGCUCGCCUUCAAAAGAUGGAUGAGGAGGAAUAUGAUGCCCUAACAGAGGAAGAAAAAACCAUGUUUGACAGAGAAGUUCUGGAGGCCAUGCGGGAGCGAAAAAGAAGGAAACAAGAGAAAAUAGCUCGGGAGCUUCAGGAAAAGAGACUGCAGCAGGAACUUGAACGGCAGCGGGAGGAAGAGGAGAUGAAAAAGAAAACCAAGAAAAAGCGAGAGCCUGGCAAAGAAGAGCUUCAAGGGAAAAAAUUGCCCAAGCAGGUACCUCCACUUGUUAAAAUUUCAGUGUCAGAAAUGGGACUAGACAGGAAGAUGUCAAUGGUGAAAGAUCAUUUAACUGAGGAGAAAAGGGAGGAAGGAAAAAGGAAAAAGAGCAAGCAACAGCUGGGGGAAAUUUUGCUUCCCUUACAGACUCUGGUAGAACAUGAAGAAAGUGAAAAGGAUUUAUCGAGGGAGAGUGAGAAACAUCUCAUCCAUAGGUUCAAAGUCUAUGAGAUGAACCUCAAGGACAUUCAACAAAUCUUGAUGUACUGGGACCGGAAGCAGGGUGUCUGGGUUCCCCAUACUGGUACUGAAGAAAUCCAACAUGAGGCAGAAGACCAACGACAGGCCCCUACUGGACGGAAGGGCCGAAAGGACCGUGAGAAGGAGCGUCUAGAAAAGCUAGAGAAGGAAAAGGCAGAGAAGGAGCGUCUGGAGAAGGAAAAGGCUGAGAAGGAGCGACAAGAGAAGUUUAAAACAACGGAAGACAGGAGCGAUGUUGAGGUAGAGGAAGAAGAUCAUGAAGGGAAGAAGGAAUUUGGUGUGCCUAUCUUGGAGUUCCAGCCAAGUAUCUCAGAAGAAUAUACCUGUAAGCAGAUCCUAGAGUCAGAGAGGUUGCCAAAGAUAGAACAGAUGGUAGAUAUCCUGGACGUUACAGUCGUCGAGCUACCAAUCCCCCCUCCUGCCCUAUUCUCCAUCAUCCAAUUCCCAGCGAAAAGGGUGCCAGUGAUCACAACAGAAAUUCUUAAACACUUCGCUUUUGUUGUCCCACCAAGUGAAGAAACAUCGACAAUAGAGGAAAAGAAGGAAAAUGAAAGCGAAUCUGACAUUUUCACCGGUACCCUGACACCAAAGGAAGAACAGCCCAUCCCAUCUAGGCGACAGAGAAAAGAAAAAGAGGGGGCCCCAGUAAAGGAAAAGCGUGGACGUGGCACACCAAUCACCAAGAAGACUCCUCAGGUUUUGCCCACUGGAAACAUCACCCCCUUGACAACCUUGGACGAGAGCACCUUCACCACAAGCCAAAUCCAGGAUAAAUUCGUGAGGUUGAGUCAUUUCCGUUGGAUCGUCCCGGCCCACGGAGAGGUGACACUCCGAGUCCAUUUCUCCUCCAACGAGACUGGAAACUUCGACCAGACUUUCAACUUUGAGGUUCUCGGAACCCGCCGCCAGUAUCAGCUCUACUGCCGAGGAGUCUGCACGUACCCUGCCAUCUGCCGGGACCCCAGGGUGGUAUUCCCUCAUCGGAAGAAGGACAUGAAACCUGAAGAGACCGUCUUUAAGAAAUAUGUGCUAAAUCAGGAGACAUUUCACUUUGGACCAUUGCUCUGUGGGAAAUCAAGAGAUAGGUACAAGGCAGUCCAGUUCCCAGACAAUAUGGAAAAGCUAACAAUCCUAAACAACUCCCCACUAACUUCAGAGGUGACAUUCCUUUUCCAGAAUGACAUCAAAGCCAACACCUACAUCCUAGAUCCACCCUUCAUGAUCCUCAAGCCAAAUGAGAAGCAGGUGCUGUCCGUGUGGGCAUACCCAACCGCCGUGGGCUUAUUUGAUGACAGCAUCGUCUGCUGCAUCAAGGAGAACCCAGAGCCAGCUGUCUUCAAGAUAACUUGCCAGGGAAUCCGACCAGAACUGGAACUGGAUCACAAGCAGUUGCACUUUGAAAAGCUGUUACUCCAUAGGAAAGAUUCCAAGAUUAUUUUCUUGAAGAAUGUUACCCCUUUGCCUGUUGCCUGGAGGAUCAGCAGCCUAGAACAUCUGGGGGAUGACUUCAGCAUCUCCAAAACACAGGGGGUAAUCUAUCCUGGGAAUGAGUAUUGCUUGCAGAUACAUUUCCAGCCCACCAAAGCUGUCAACAUCAAGAAGGCGAUUCGCUUAGAGAUUUUAGAUGCAGACUAUCUCAUUGGAGUUGUUCAGAUUGAAAACAUCCAGAUCUUUGCAGAAUCGUAUGACAUUGCGUUGGACAUCACUUUUCCCAAAGGAAAUGAAGGAUUCUUAGAUUUUGGUGUUGUUAGAGUGAUGGAAGAAGCUAAACAGUUUCUGGCAUUGAAGAACAAAGGAAAAUAUGAAAUUACAUACAGCUUUAUUCUGGAACCCCUGCCACCUCACCUACCCAAGGUGACCUCCAUCAUCUCCACCCAACCCAAGAGAGGAACACUGACCACAACAGAUCGGCCCACCAAUAUCCAAGUGACAUUCCGGUCAAAAAGAGAAAUCAAAAUUGACAGCAAACCCAUCCUCCGCUGUCAGAUUAUUGAACCCAAUAGCCUAGAAGGAGGUGAGGUCAUUGCCAGCAUUCCAAUCAAAUUUUCAGUGAAUGCAAUAUUCUCCAAAUAUGUCAUCAGCCCUGCUGCAGUCAUCAACUUUGGAGCUCUGGUUUGUGGCAGCCGUAAAACUUCCAGCUUCAACAUUGAAAACCAAGGCGUCCUGGACUUUAAAUUCAGCAUCAGUAGACUGAACAGGGAUGCUCCUUUGCUUCAUGGCAGGAAAUUAGGAGGCCAUCCCAAGCAUGCACGAUCCAAGGAAAACGUCAGCUUUUUCAGGUUCUCCACUACCAGGACUGUCAAAGGCAAUGAGUCACUACAAAAAGAGCUAAGUGGCAUGAACCAAGCUCGUUUCACCCUCAGCAUGUUCACCAUCUACCCUGGAUUUGGAACUGUCCCUCCGGGAGGGCAGCAGAGUAUCACAGUGGAUUGUAUUGCUGACCCAAUUGGACGAUGUGAAGAGUAUCUGGCCAUUGAGAUCUCAGACAGAGAUCCAAAAGACCAACCUGGUGGCAUUCAAUAUACAUUGAUAGCUGAAGCCUGUUUUCCAGCUUUUGUAAUGGAUGACUUGACCUCCAUUUUUGAGGAACAUUUGAUAUGUAAAAAUAUUCAACAGUACCAGUUUCUGCAAGCUGUUGAAAGUAAAGGAGUGUUCUUUGAGGAUGAGAACAAAUUUAUGUUUCGCAAUGUCCUGGUGGGACACCAAGGCAAAGCUCGAUUCAAGAUCAGUAACAUAGGAAAGAUUCCAUGUGACGUCACUUUUUCUGUCAAGUCAACCUCUGUCAAGCCUUUGUUUCGCAUCAGUGACAUCUUUGAAGUGGAACCCACUAAGAUGUGCAUCGGCAGCCAUUCACAGGCUUUUGCCACAGUGACCUUCACGCCACCGACAAUGCAGACCUUUCAAUGUGUCUUUGAAGCCUCCUUAGAUGGUCUACCCAACUUCCUCUCCAAGACCCGAAACCUCACAUUUGAUAUUGUCGGAGAAGGGAACCUACCCAGAGUGGUGGUUAUUCGGCCUGUUCUCUAUAAUCAGAAAGGAAAUCCUCUCUUCCUGUUUAAGAGGCUCCUAGUGGGCCAGUCAGAGAAGCUCCCUCUUAUCCUUAAGAAUAAUGGUACUAUCCCUGCCCAGUUACUUAUUGAUUUGAGGGACAAUACACAAACCUUCUCCCUGAAAGGCAGGCCCACCACCAAGUAUAUCUAUAUAAUAGAGGAGAACAGUCCUACUGAAAUAGCAAAGAAAGCUCAUACCGCCUCCCUCAUCAUUUACCCUGGAGAGACAGGCGAGAUGGAUGUUCAUUUCCAACCAGACAAGCCGGAAAGAAUGACAGGCACCAUUCGUUUGACUGUGAUUAAUAACCAGUAUGAAGAAACCAUUUUCCAGAUGAUAGGAGAGAGCUAUGAGGAUGAUAUCACCUUGGACAAUAUCCAUGGACUUGUUAACACCUCCAAGUCAGAUGUGGCAGAAAUCAUUGAGUUCACUGAUGACAAAAUGAUGGAGGAAUAUAUGACAGCUUCCCAGAUGGCUCACCUCCAGUUUGGGGACUGCCAUAUUGACAAGACCUACGAAGUGACCUUCACAAUGACCAAUCGCAGCAAAAAGAUUCCCGUGAAGUUUGAGUGGCCUGCCGUAAAUUCCCUUCAGUUCACCCCCCAGGUUGGCCACCUUCACGCUGGAUGUGCCAAGGACAUCAAAGUGACUUUGAGGGCUAGUUCGCCCACUGUGCUCAAGAAAACCUUGAUAAAGUGCAAGAUCUUGAGAAUAAAUUUCCAGCAACCAGCAGACCAGGUACCAGACUGGGACGACCACAUGCGCACAGUCAAAUGGGUAGAUGCUGUGAGGAAUCCGAACACUGCCAUCUCUCCCAAAAAAAAAGUAAUCGAGACCGACCCUGAACCUGCACAUGUAGUCGUGGAUGAAAACUACCAAGACCUGGAUCUUCUCGUCAGUGCCGUGGCGGACUUUGCCUCCUUCCUCUCCCCAGUAAAAGAAGUGUCCUUUAAGGACACCCUGGUUUUCCAGACCCGAAUUUUCGAGUUUGACUUGAUCAAUACAGGACCUAUACAACUGGAAUAUAACUGGCUGCUGUCAACAGAGGAAACAACAAAGGCUGUCAGCUUUGCUGAUCAGGAAAGCAGCAAUUCUCCAACUAGUCUAUUUGACACAAGUCGCAAAGAAAUAGCCAGUAAAGCAACUUUUCCUGCAGAGAGUGCCACAGAAAGUGCCUCAUCCCAUGCGUACAGUGGCAUCUCCACCUAUCCAUUCUCCAUGGACCCUACCAGUGGAGUCAUCCCAGUUGGGAAACGACAAAAAAUCAAGGUGAAAUUCUCCCCGGUGGAAGUCGGCGAGUUUGAAAACAACAUAUGCUGCCAGAUGCCUAACCUUUUUCCAGGCGAUCAAGGUCUAACCAUAACUGUGAAAGGACGGAGCCGCUUACCGUUUUGCCAUUUUGAUCUGAAAGAAUCUGACUAUAUCAGCAGCCAUAGGCGUAAUCCCGACUUCGGUGGACCACAAGGGGGACCUCUGGAUCCCAACACAAGAGUGAUUGAGUUUUCUGCCAUGGGUGUGGGAGCAAAGAACAUCCAGACCUUCACUAUUAUGAAUCCUACCUCUGAAACCUAUUCCUACCGAUGGAUCUCAGAAGACUUUGAGAGUCUCCUGAGCCCUCCCGCCUUCAUAUGCCUGACAGAGGGAGGCACAAUCCAUCCAGAGAAAAAAGCAGAGAUCUCAUUCCUGUUCAUUCCUCGCACUUUGGAUAUCAUGGAAUCAUUCUGGACCUUCAGCAUCCCUGAGCACAAUAUCUCGGUCCCUUUCCUUCUGGUGGGCAAAGCCAUAGACCCUUUGCUAUCUCUGACUCCGUCUUACCUCACCUUCAGCUCCAUCCUUAUCGGCCACGAAGCCCGAGAAACAGCAUAUAUAAUUAACAACGAGGACCAAAAUUUUAGUUUUGCAUUCGAAGAGGGUUCCUGCUUUUCUGAAGGCUACAUCAAUAACCUGGUUGUAAAGCCUAUGGAAGGCAUCGUCCCAGCAAAGUCCAGAUUCCAUUGGCAUGUCAAGAAAUUUGCACCGAAUUUCUCAAUUCAACCAGAAAAAGGCUACAUUACCCCUGGAAUGGAGGUUGCUUUUGAAGUGACCUAUCAUCCUACUGAGAUAGGCAAGGACAGCCUCUAUAAAAACUUACCUUGUAGUGUCCAGGGGCGCAAACCUCUCCUGCUGACUCUGUCUGGAACCUGCGUAAAUGUGGCCGGAAUAAAAGAAACCGUGAAUUUCAUCUGUCAGGUGCGCUCCAAACACGUCCAGACCAUCAUGUUAUCUAACCGAACCAAUCGGCCAUGGAAUCUCCACCCCAUUUUUGAAGGCGAACACUGGGAAGGACCAGAGUAUUUCGUCCUGGAAGCCCAUCAGCAAAACAGGCCCUAUGAGAUAACCUACAAGCCCCUCACCAUGAAUGUCGAUGGACGGAAGCAUUUGGGCACACUCUUCUUCCCACUCCCUGACGGAACAGGCUUGCUCUAUAUUCUUCAAGGGACGACCGAAGCUCCCAAACCAAUAGCCAAUAUCUUCCGGGAGGUGCCAAGCAAAACGCCCUAUGUUGAGCUACUGCCGGUCGAAAACUGGCUGAACAAGCUGCAGAGAUUCCGAGCCACCGUGGACAUGUUAAAGCCAGAGAAGCAAGACCUGAGCGUGACCAUCAAAGGCCUUGAUUACAUCGAUGUUCUGGCGGGGUCCAAGAAAGACUACAAGUUGAACUUCUUUUCUUACAAGGAGGGGUUAUUCUCCGUCAAGGUGACCUUCCGCAAUGAAGUGACCAAUGAGUACAUGUUCUACUUGCUGACUUUCAAGGUUCUCUCUUCUGGGAUUAUUAAGACAAUUGAGAUGUCGACCUUUGUUCGACAGAGCACCUCAGCCUCCAUCAAAUUGGAAAACCCCCUGCCUUAUACUAUCACCUUCAACACAGACUGCAGGGUGCCUGAUAUCAGCAUGCCCUCCCAGUUUUCAAUACCGGCCAAUACAGAGGGUACACUAACACUUGAAUUCCAGCCUCUGAAAGCUGGAGAGACUACCGGACGACUGAAUCUACACCAGACCGAUCUGGGAACCUUCCAGUAUGAACUCAGUCUCAAGGCCAACCCAGCCUUGCCUGAGAAGCCCGUCUACUUCCAGACCCCUCUGGGGAGCAGCCAGGCCCUUAACGCCAAGUUCAUCAACUACACCCGCCAGAAGACAGAAUAUUCAUGCAAGACCGACAGUUCAGAUUUCCAUGUGGAGAAGGUGGUCACUGCACCCGCAGGAGGCCAAGUUGGCAUUGAAGUCAGUGUGGAAAUCACCUUUGAACCUAGCCAGCUAGGUGAAGUGAGGGGUAUGCUCUAUCUCUCCUCCGCCAUCGGAGGGGAAUACACCUUCCCACUCACUGGACUGGCUCAGUACCCCAAACCCCAGGGUCCCAUCCAAAUCAAAGCAGGCUCCACUGCCACCAUCCCAUUUAAAAACAUAUUCCACCACUCAAUGGCCUUUUCCUUCAUCGUGGAGAGCCCAGCCUUCUCCGUCAAAAAUGUUGAGACUGUGCGUGCCAAGAAAAUCCACAACAUCUCAGUCACCUUCGAUGGGAACCCUUCAGGAAGCAAAACUCCUGUCACCACCAAGCUCAUUGUGUCUGGCCUCCAUGCCACUGGCAAUGAGGCAGGAAUUAAGUGGAUUUAUUAUCUGAAAGGAAUCACUCCAUAG